CGACUUUUACUCCCCCUCUCUCUCUCGCUCUGCUAGGGUUAGGGUUUGAGUUUUUUCGAAGUUGUGCGGCGUACCGGUUCAUGGCUGCUGCUAUUGCUUCCAUGACUGCCAGGCUAGCGACCAAAUUGUCGCUCAGGGAGGGUGAAGAACCUGUGGAUUUGGGGAACCUUAGGGUUCCAGGGAAGGAGUUCCUCGCUCGUCACUAUUACUUGGUGGGGAAACUUAAUACCAGUAGGGCAGUGGUUUUGGACUCUUUCCGAAGUGCGGUGAGAUCUAUGUGGCGACUGACGGGGAUUGUGGAGGUCCAGCCACGGGGUGAUCGAUUUCUGUUUACGUUCACCCAUGAACGUGAUGUCGCUCGUGUGAAGAAGGGAGGUCCGUGGGGCUUCCAACGUGCCAUGAUCUUGUUGAAUGAUUAUGAUGGCUUCUCAGAGAUCCCUGCUGUGAAGCUUGAUUUUGUUUGGAUCUGGGUUGCGCUUCAAGGUAUUCCACUGGGUAUCUUGACGGAACCCACAGUCCGGCUGGUGGGAGGAACGAUUGGAGAGGUGUUGGAGGUGGACCGUGUGGCCCUGAGUCGUGGAGAAGCUCGGGUUCGACUCACUUUGCCCAUCAACGACCCGGUACGCCUGGAUCGAAGGGUUAGGGUUUCCCUUGUUGACGUUCUUACAUUGCGGUUCUGGUAUGAGAGGCUCCUGGGGCGGUGCAGGCUGUGCGCCCUGCUGAAUCAUGGAGGGCAGAGAUGCCCUAGGGAGGAUGAGGUGGAGGCUGAUACUGUGGUGGAGGAGAGCUCGCCGCAGGCACCGGGUCCGGCUCUCCCUGCCCUCGUGUUUAGGGCUAACUCCCAGCCUUCUCCGUCCCUGCUUUCGACGUUCAAGGUGCCUAACAUGCUGAAGAAGAAACAUGUGCAGAUUCGGCCUCUUCCGGAGCUGGUGCCUUCGCAUGGUUCUGAAGGUACUUCUGCUGUGGCUCCAGUGGUUGGUGUCCGUCGUCCUAGGGAGGAGGAGGGUAAAAGGGCUAAACAUGGUCUAGCUCUUGUUCCGGCUACUCUGCAACCAGAAAAUUUAGGGCUGGCAUUUUCCUCUGAUGGUUUAGUGGAGGUGAAAGUGUCAUCUCCUCCCAAGGUCUACAAGAAGAAGGGCAGGCCUCGGGGACAUAGAAACAAGGUCAAGGUGGCAGCGUCUAUCUGUGGAGGCUCGGAGUCCAUGGGUCCUGAUAGUGUGCAUGGUGGGCAUGAGGGGGCAGUGGCUUUGCUUGCUUCCCAGUCCGAGUAG